UAGUCGUUACGACCCCUGACCCCGCGAAUCGCGAGGCCGCGGAUUCCGCCACUCGCUCAGCCGCCUCCUCCCCGCAGCCUCGGCCUCAAUCGCGAGCAGCCCUCACCACUUCACCACCGCCUCCUCACCACCGCCCUCUCACCACCGCCCUCUCACCACCGCCCUCUCACCACCGCCCUCUCACCACCGCCCACUCACCACCACCUCUUCACCGCCGCCUGUUCCUCACCACCAGCACCGCCUCACCACCGCUGCAACAGCAGCUGCGACUUCUCUUCUCGCCCCGUGCUUCAGCACAGGUUCAUAAUGAUGUCGUGUUGCGCCACGGCUAUGCCGCUGGAGGCGAUCGGCGACGGCAGCAGCUUCCCGGCGUGGCUGGAGACGCAGGGCGUGAGUGCCGAGGUGGCCCGCGCCCUCGACUCGGAGCUGGGCAUCCGCGACUACGGCCUCCUGCGCGCCUGCGUGGACGACGGGAGCGUGCGAGCGGAGCUGCUGGCCACCGCUCGCCAACGCCUGCCCUUCGGGUUCUACGCGGCGCUGAGGCGCGCCGUGAAGGCCCUGCGACAGCUCAACAACGAAGACGGAGAGGGAGGAGGAGCGGGAGGAGGAGAAGCGGGAGGAGGAGCGGGAGGAGGAGGAGACGCAGGCGCGACGCUGCUGGGAGGCCUCGUGGAGGCGCUCCUCGCGCUCUUCGGGGGCCUCAGCCGCGAGCUGCUGCUCUCCGCUGAGCGCCUGGGGGCACUCACCGCUCACCGCCUCUGCCCCGGAGUGUCCGGAGACGGCCGGGAGGGAAGGGACGGGGGAGGUCGCGGAGAGUGGGGCGAGGCCAACGAGGAGGAGGUGGUGGGGGAUGACGCCCCAACGCACGACCCCCGGUGGGACACGAUGGCGGUUAAGACGGAGACGUGCGGAGACACCGGCUCCGGAACGGCAAACACCUCUUGCUCACCUGAAUGGCCGCUCAUCAAAGUGGAGGAGAAGUGCCGAGAGCCAGAAUCGCGCCGGGAAUCCCCGCGCUCUGUCGAGGCCUCUUACUUCACCAUGCCCAACGGCGGAGGCACGGAUCCCAGCGUGGAGGUGACGGGCCGCGUCCCCUGUGGGUCCCCGUGGGUCCCCUUGGACCAGCAGCAGCAGGGUGUGGAGGGUGUGGGUUCCCAGAGCACCGGGGAUGAGGGGGACGAUGCAGGACUGGAGGCUGCCAUCAACGGCGGCAUGCAGCGCCACCUCGUCAAGCGCAGCAGCGGCAGCAACAACAACAGCGGCGGCGGCGGAAACACCCCGAAGCGUCAGCGCCAACGGCACCAACAGCACCAACAGCACCAACAGCACCACCAACAACAGCAGCAGCAGGAGGCGUCGGCGGCAGGCGAGCGUCCGUACGUGUGCGAGCAGUGCGGUCGCAGCUACACGGAGCUCUCCCACCUGCGCGUGCACAGGCGCACGCACACAGGCGAGCGGCCCUACGUGUGCACCGAGUGCGGCCGCGGCUUUUCGCAGUCCUCCCAUCUCAAGGUGCACCUGCGGUCACACACGGGCGAGCGGCCGCACGUCUGCGGCGAGUGCGGCAAGGGCUUCAUGCAGCUCUUCAACCUCAAGAGGCACCAGAGCACGCACGUGUGACGCUCCCCCAGCGCGCGAGAUGACGACGUAAUAUCGGAAGGAAAAGGCGUUCCAGACGGCGGCAGGAAGCAGGGCAUCUGAAAGCGCCGCGCGGUGACGCGGUGAUCAUCUUUGUUUGAUGGUUCGCCAAAAGGAGUUCUCAAAAAGUGCACCGGGGAACCCGGUCGAGAGCGCUGCACUGUGUUGCGAACCCGGCGACCUGGAUUUGAUUCCCGCUCCAGGCCACCAACACCAGCGAGGAGCAUCUGAACCAGUCCUGGGCCUCCCCUCCGUCGACUCGGCCUCAAAUGGGUAGCUGGUGU